AAAAUGAUUAUAUUUAAAAUAUAUCUGACUAAAAAGAUUAUAGAAAAUCAUGAUUCGUCGAAGUGAUCUAUCCUUUUGGAAUCUUAUUUAUUAUUAUCCGGUAAUAAUUUAUCAUAAAGAUUGGAUCGACAAUGACUUAACAAGUUUAUCAUUCGAUAACGAGAAUGACCUACGAAAGCAGAUGAUUAACGACACACACACACACACACACAGAAAGAUUAUGCACACAUGUACGCACACACGUACGCAUGCAUGUAUGCAGAAACACAUGAAAUACUAGCAGGCAGAUACGCAAAGUCAAAGAAUAAUAUACAAACGAUGACGUCGUCGUCGUGAAUGUAAAAUUACAAACCCCUUCAAAUUAUAACGGAACCACAACUGCUUAUCAAAUUAUGUAACACAACGUUUAACGAAGAAACAAGAAGAAAUAAUAGUCGAACACGGAGAAAGUAAUACGUGUGUCCUGUUUGGCAAGAUCAAUAAUGAUCAUUUUUCGAUUCUAUCGGCCGUAAGAAGAUUGAUAUCGAACGUAUAUGUAUAUAACUAUUUACGUACGUACGUACGUACGUAUGUACGUAUAUAAUGCGUAUUUACUUCGAUCAUGCUCAUAUGAUAGAAAAUAAUGACAAACUUUCGAAGAAAUUCAAAUGCCGUGUAUGUAACGAUUGGUAUUUCAUUCCAACAACAGUCAUCGUAAUUUAUCGAUUUUAUUAAAUCGAUUCAUUGAUUCACGUGAUUUACUCAGAAAAUUAUCUGUCGAAUGAAUGAUAUCUGGUUUGAAUAAACCUUGAACUUUCGUUGGAAUGGGGAGGGGGAGAGAGAGAGAGAGUGUGAGAGAGAGAGAGAGAGAGAGGGAAAUUAUUGGGAGGAGAGGUGGGGGGAAAGAUGAAGAAAAAAAAAAAAAUUAAAACGUACAAUUUCGCGGACGUCUUCUCCAUUAGUAAUCGUUUAUCUAUCCGACUAUCUAUCAUUUUCAUUCGAUUCAAGUACCCAUACUUUAUAUAUCUACGUAAUUGCAUAAAAUCGUACACGAGAAGAAUUUUAUCGUAGAAAAUGGAACAUUGUAAUUUCUUUCGCGACAGUGAUUCUAGUUGCGUGCAACACUGAAACGAACGUAUUAGAAAAGUGGAUAAAGCGAAAGGGUAGGGUAGUAACGACAGAAGAGAUAAUCGAUGAGAAAACUAUCGUCAAUCGAGAGUACGCAGACUUGCGACGAAGAACUUCCUCCUUUCGAACUGUGGCUGUACACGAUUGGAAAUGGCUCCACCUUUCCGUACGUCCUUGGCGGACUGCCGGUGCACUCUGAGAAAGGCGAUGAAAAUUGUGCCAGUCACGUGUAUCAUGUCGGUGCGAACGCUCGCACCGCGUCUUUCCUCGUUCGUUCUCGAAAUUCGAGAAUCGAAAUCGAAGGGAGACGACGUAAUAGAAUCAACGAGAUCGAACGUACGAUAUAUUAUUAUAUCUCCGUUAAAUCGACGAUGACUCGCAAGGCAAACUUCCAGGGACGAUUGAUCCUGAUUCUAGCAUUAAUAACGAUAUGUAUGACUAUCGUCCAAUCGACGAAGACAAAAGAAGAAAAGAUCGAUAUUGGUAAUGAUAGUAGGGAAAAAAGACACGUAGGAAUCACUGAAGUAUCGUCCACCGAUCGAGGAGAACGAUCUACUAAUAUACCAAACAUUCGAGUUUUCAACAAGUCAUCAUCGAGUAGUAAAAGCAAUGAGAUAAGCUCAGAAACAGGAAGGAAAGUGUCCCAUAGAUUGAUCGGAGGUCAUUUGAGAGAUGACAGGGUAAAAAAAUUAUGCGAUGUAAAAGAUGAGGAUAUGUUAACGUCGUCGGCUGGUAAUGGUAAAGAAACAAAAAGUUCACUACGUAGUGACGAUGACGACGAAAGGAAAACUCUGUCACAACAGGUAAAGGAGGGUAAAUAUGGUCUGAUACAAAAUGAAAUAUAUGAAAAUGAGGAUAAACCGAGGCGACCGGGUAUCAUAAGUUAUCUCGAUAAUCCCGAGGUACCAAGGGAUACCAUUGAAAAUCUCGGUGGUCUUGAUGAGGAUGAAAUAUGGUUGGCGGAAAAUCAUUUGCUUGUAUUAAAGGGCGGUAAUUUUCCGGGACGUGGUCCAACAAAUCGGCCGUCGUUUUAUCCGUCGAAUAAGAACAAAGAAAAGUGGCCACCGAUCGAUAAUUAUCAAGCACCUAAAAGACAGGUCAAAAUACCGUCUAAACCAAAAGUACCACCACCAUUUCCUGUACAGCUUAAGGAUGGAGGACCGAUACAGAUUAUUGGGAUCAAUGGUAGUACAGAAAUCGAAAACGUUACGUUAGAUCGAACAAUGGAUCCUUUUUAUGGGAAGGGAGGUAUUUUACCAGGGGAUGGACCGUUCUUUACGAUAACAUCAAACGGUACAAUCGUCGUACCAGAUUUUGAUUUUAAUUCUACGACGGAUGAUGUUAAUAGUUCAACCGUUACAAAUGACGAUGGAAAAAAUAUCAAAUCCGAGGAACCACCAAUUUUCUAUCAUGCAAUACCACCUGGCGCUGUAUUUGUACCACCACCAAGCAAUCGUUCCGAUUACGAUGACGAGGAUCAAUCGAUAUAUUAUCCACCACCGUAUAGCUUUUAUUAUCCGCAAGAUAAUACUACGUCAGUACCACCAGGUCCUUUAGUACCUGGUAUCAUUUUACCACCACCGCCAGACUUCUUUUCAUCACUCGAGGAAAAGAAAACUACGACGAAGAAAUAUACUAAACGUCCAGGCACCUCGAUGCUUCCAAAAUCAAGACCGACUUAUCUUCCACCGAGAAAGCUUACUACGAGAAAACAAUGGGAAAGUACGACGGUCGUGCCAAGAAUAAGUACAACGCAAUUGCCACGUACGAGAAUAUACAAUUCAUCGAUGUUAAAGAAUUUAACGGGAACACCCGUUACAAGGAUUCGUUCAAGUACCGUACCUUACGAAGAAGUUACAACUGUUGUACCAGAAAUACGAUCUACUUUAAGAAAUAAUAAUAAAUAUUAUGGCGUUAGUUCAUUGAUUGGAAAUAGAGUGAUCGAAACUAGUACAGAAGAUAAGGUUCAAACAUGGCCCAGAUCGACCAAUAGCAAAUCUCUUCCGGUAUUGACUUAUUAUGCUUCAACGACACCUUCGUCAAUCGAUGAAUCCGUGGAAGUGACACCAGCUUCUAUCAAAAACGUUAUAACGACCGAACAACCAGUAAACUUACCGAACAGAGCAUCAUAUUAUUUCUAUGAGGAAUCUAAUGAUGGUAACGUUGCUAGUACCGUAGAAUCGGCACCAGUUUAUUAUCAGACUACUACGGAAUCCCCUUAUUAUAAACUCGAAACGCUUUCUCAACAAUCAAGAGACGAGAAACCAUAUUAUAGAAUCGAAACUAAUUCACCAAAGGAUAUUUCUUCAUCGAGAGAUUACAAUGUCAAACUGAUAGAUGCCCUUGUUGAUAAUCCUCAAAUAUUUCAAUAUAGGGGUUCCGAAGAUUCGUCUACGAAAUAUGAUUCAACAUUGGAUAGAGAUCAAGGCGAACGAUUAUUGGCGGAUCAAGCUCCGAUCUAUUAUCAAACGAUAACACCUCGUCCGUCUUUAUCAUUACAACGAUCCUAUUACACUACACCAAAAUCUUCUUCUAGGUAUUAUCAAGAAUCGAAAGAACGAGUUGACAAUAGACAAGAUACUAUAUCUAAACCAAUUUAUCAAUACAGUUUCGAAGUAACUGAUUAUUCGAGGAGAGAUCAGGAUCAACGACCUUAUUAUAGACAACAAAAUGAACGUGUCACGUACGAUUAUCAAACAGUUAAAUCUAAUAACAAUCAACGAUAUAAUUAUGAGAACGAUCAACCGGAUAAGGUACCUUACAAAAUUCAAAGUCACAUAUAUCCAUCUACGACUGGUCGAUCAACGUUAAACGUUACUCCCAAUCCUCAGCAUGCAUAUUUCACGCGACAAGAGGAAAGACUUUUGGACGACGUUACGAAAGAAUACUUUACGAUAUUUGGUAAGAAAAUUAAUGGAAAGGAAACACAAAGUACUACGCCGAUUUAUAACAAGGCCAAUCACGUUACGGAGAAACCCAAUUACAAUGUUAAUAGAUAUGUAUCAAAUGAUUAUAACGUACCACCGGAGAUUACUUAUAGAGAUCAGUUAUAUUACGAUAACGAUGCACCACCACCACCACCAAAUCUAGAAAGUGAUACACGCGUUAAUUAUCGCCGACCUUUACCACCUAUCAAUCCAGACAGCGAAUUUAUUGAAGUAUUCGAUCCAAAACAACGUGGACAACCGUAUGUUCAACAAGAACCAACAAUUUCCCUUAAGGACGAUAUACUUGUUAAUUAUCGUAAUCCAAGGCCAUCGAUAAAUCCCGAUGCCGAAUUUAUUCAUCCUAUUUCUAUACCUAAUCAAGGUUCUGUUAAUACUGAAAAAAAUAGUGCAUACUUUGCUUAUAGAUUACCAGGCGACGGUGGUCAUUUUUAUUUCCUUACGCCUCAAGCGAUUAGGCAAGAACAAAAUGGAGGAGAUAGUGGUAGUAAUGAUAAUGACGAUGACAGUGAUGGUGGUGGUGGUGGUGGUAGUACUGAUGGUUAUUACUAUCCAAAGCCAAAAGGUCCGAAACUUUUACGACGUAGAAGAAAUCUUUAUAACGUAUAAUAAGCGUUUCUUUUAAUUCUUUAGUUAAAAAUUCAAUUAGGCAGUUGUCCGAUGCCAUAUGUAUUAGAAUGUUACAAGUGCCGAGAAGAUGAUGCGUGUCAUAAAUGUGCGAUCGAAACUUUCGGAAUAUUUAUUAUCUUUCUGUAAAUAUCAGGAUAUUAUAUAAGUUAAGAUAGUUAUUAGGCAUUAAAACCUUUAAGUUAUGCAAUCUAGUUAAUCAUUUCCUUUCAUUAUUAUUGACACGGAUUAACGAGAUGUUAUUUCCUCCUCCCCCCCCCGCCCCCGUGCGAAGCUAAGUACAUAGAACGCCGAGCGAUUGACCGAAAUGUACUUGCGCAUUGUCUGUGAUUGCAAUGUAUACUUAUACACGUACAAGAUUGUAUAUGUACGUUACGAUAAAUAAAUUGCGGGACACAUCGUA